AUGAAAAUAUACAUACAGUCUCCUGUGUUUCAAAGAUUCAUAUUCAAUAAUUAAUGCCAAAGGAAUAAACUCCAAAUGCCACUAUCUUAAGACAAAAUUGAGAAACCCUCUCCUAUUAUUAAAUUCAAGCCAAAUCGUAGAAGAAAGCAAACUCAGAACACAAUAGAACCAAGAGGAUUGUCAUUGUCCAUCUCAAGGGAAACCCAAAGAACCUUUUUCAAGGAAUCUAUUCAAAAUAGAGCAGUACCUCCAGAUCAAUUUCAAAGCAUGAUCAAGGAAAUAUAAGUUGGAAACUCAAUGCAAGUCAUUAAUAAAUUGGAAUAGGGUCCAUUCACCAAGAAAUCGUAUUUGAUAUUAGGGAUCGCAUACAAGCAACUCAAUCAAUUCGAUAAAGCAAGAUAUUGGUUCAACAAAUGCCUAUCCGAACACCCCAAUUAUCUGGAUGGCUACAUUCAAUCUGCAGUUCUGGAAUUCAAGGCCUUAAAAUACCAUGAUUCUCUCAAAUUGAUAGAACAAGCCUUGCUUUAUAGUCCAAAUGAUAAACAAGCACUCCAAUAUAAGGCCAGAUGUCAUUCUGCUUUAAAAUAACAUUAAAAGGCCUUAGAAAUAUACGAAAAACUUAACAACACUGAUUUUUUAGGCCGAUCACGUCAUUGUCUAUCAUUAAUUAAGUGUAAUUAUUUUGACAAAGCACUUAUUAAAAUUGACACGAUCUUACUGCAGGACUGUGAAAAUGCUGAUGCCUUAUUUCUCAAAGGAAUAAUUUACUUUAAAAAAAAAAAUUUUAUAGAGUCCUAGAUUUACAUUGAAUAAGCGAUACAGAUUUCAACAUCGCAUUAAUUAAGUGCCAAGGCUAUCUCAUAUAUCGUAAAGUCUAAAAUAUGUCUCAUGGACUUUUAUGAAGCUUAAUUACACCUCUCCAGAGCAGAGUAAUUGAAAAAGAAUUUUAAAUGCAUCUCUAAAUUGAAACCAUUUGUCAAUGGAACCGUAAAGUUGAUGAAACGAUAAUAUGCUUAGGGACUUCAAAUGAUUAAGGAUUUGAAACCAAUUAGCAAAUUUCUAUAGCCAAUUUACUAUAAAUUUUUAGCUUAUGCCUAAUUUUGCACUUCGGAUUAUGCAUCAGCUCUUAAGUCUUAUGAAUUGAUCUAUUAGAUAGAGAGAGGCUAAUUGUACAAUAAAUAUGUGGCCGAAGCUCUUGUUUUAAUAGAGAAAUGUUAGUAUGAACCUUCCGUUAGGUUAUUAGAUAAAGCUAUUGAGAUCUUUCCAAAUAAACUAGAGCCUUACUACUAUAAAUGUUCAAUUUGCUUACUUAAUAAAUUAUUUGAUGGAGUAUAAGAAUGUGAAUAGCUGCUAGAUUUAGCCUUUUCUAAAUAGGGGAAGUAGCCCAACAUCUUUUUUGCCAAGGCUUUAAUGAAAUCUUAUAAACGAAGAUACACUUCAGCGUUGAAGGAUAUAGAAAAGGCAAUUGACAAAAGCGAGGAUAGCAUAAGUGAUCACUUUUACAUCAGGGGAAUCUUACAUGCUUAAAGUAUGAGAUUGAAAGAAGCUAUUAAGGAUUUUACAACUGCAAUUCACUUCAAUAAGGAGCAUUCAGAAUCAUAUUUGGAAAGAGCUAAAUGCUAUUAAAUAAAAGGAAAUACAGCACAGAGUUUUGGUGAUAUGAAUAAGUACAUUAAGUACAAUAAUUCAGAAGAGAUACAUUAUUGGAGUGGUAGUUUAUUAUUUCAUAAUAAUGCUUAUGAAGAAGCUCUAAAAGCAUUUAAUGACGCAAAAUAAACAAAUUAAAUUCUAAUCUUGAAAUUAAAGUGUGAAAUUAAAUUGUAGUAAAUAGAUAAAGCAUGCAUUAUAUCUAAUUAAAUAACAUAACAAAAUGUUAGAGAACCUAAAUACAAAAUAGAUUCCCAGAUGUUGACAUAUAUAAAGCAAAUUUUGGAUACUACACAGAAUAAAAAAAGUUGUGAAACAGUGCAGUUUCCUAAUGUAGACUAAAAGGAUGUGGGUUUAAUAUUUUAGACUUAAGAUGUUCUCUUGUUCAAAGCAUCAAGUAUGAUCUAUUAGCGCAGAUAUAAUGAAGCAAUAAUGAUUCUUUAGUAAUUGGAACAUUAUUGGUUGAAUUCUCAAAAAGACAGAUUGAACAGUAUUUCAAGUCAAUAGGAUGCUGAUUCAGAGAAGAGUGAAAAUCUAUCAAAUGAAAUGAUAUUGAAAUCAGAAAGAAUAGUUCAACAUAUAAUAGGUAUAAAAUACAAUAUGGCAAUCAUAUAUUUAUUGAUAUAAUAAUCGGCAAAUGCUAAAAUGAAAGUGGAAGAUAUUAGAGAUUAAGUGGGUAAUGUAGUUUCAGAUGAAUUGGAUUAUUUAAAAUUGUUGAUUUAAAAUCAGAUAGAUAAAAAAUCUACUCCAGUUUUUUGUAAGCCUGUCUUAACUUUUUUGAUGAAUGAGAAAAGUCUUUUCAAUGGAUUUCCAGCACUAAAAAUUCAAAUGCAUGGUUCAGCUGUUUUUGAAUGCAAAUUAUCUCUUAACUUUCCAGAUAUCCAACCUCCAAAUAUUUGUCCAGAAUUUAAGAAAGAAUUUUUGUUAAUGAUUAAACCUAAUCUUAUAGAAAAUAAACCUGAAGCCCCUUGGCUUUAGAGAACAUCAGAAUAAAUACUUAUUUUAACUCAGAAUCAGUUGAAUGAUGAUUUAGAUAUAACUACUGAUGAUGAGGAAGAAUCUAAUGAGAAAAGAAGGAAGAAAAGAUAAGUUUAAAAUCUGGAGAUAGAUGAGAACGUCUAAAAACGUUUGGAUUAAUUGAUAAAGAAAUUAUGA